AUGGAUAUCCAAUCAAGUCAUAAAUACAUCUAUCACCUAUAUCUAUCUAUCUAUCUUUUUAUAUUUGUCGUAGGAUUUACUAUCUCAAUAUCUAAUUAUCUAUCUAUCUUUUCAUUCUCUUCAUUAAUCUAUCUCUUUCUUAAAUUCAUAUCUAUCUAUCUAUCUAUCUAUCUAUCUAUCUAUCUAACUGUUCUCAUUCGUUGCUAUCUAUCUAUCUAUCUAUCUAUCUAUCUCAGUUUUUUCUUUUCUUCUUUUAAUUCUCUCUCUCUCUCUCUCUGUCUCUGUCGCGCUCUCUCUCUCUUUCACACACACAGCAAUUUUUUUAAUUCUAUCUCUCUCUCUUUUUCGCUUUCUUUCCACCUACCAAUUUAUUUUGAAUUUAUUUCCCUCUCUCUCUCCCCCCCUUCUCUCUCUCUUUUUGAUCCAAUAUUUUUUUUAGUUGCGUUUCUCUCUCUCUCUCUCUCUUUCUCUCUCUCUCUCUUUCUCUCUCAGUCUCUCUCUCUCUCUCUUUUUCUCUCUCAGUCUCUCUCUCUCUCUCUCUCUCUCAUAAUCUCAUUUUUACCCCUCUUUCAUUUCUCUGUAAAUUCUCACACUCUCUCUCUCUCUUCUUUCUUUAUAUCUCUCUUUCCAUCCUCCAAAUGUCAUCUACCCUACCCCAUUCUCAAACAUUUUCCUACCCUCUCAACUACCCCCCCCCGGCCCGCUCCUCAGUGCAGUUGA